GUCUAUUUCCGGUUCCGGGUCACUGCUAUCCUUCACGAGCAGGUAAAAUGUUGACCCGACUGUCGCGGUUCGGGCCGGCUCUCCCGCGGUUACUCUCAAACGCGCCGGCCCGUUUUGUUUCCCAGUCAAAGCCGUCCGGUGCCGCCGGUUCGACCGCCGUGACCGAGCUGCUUCCGGCCGCGCGGGACGCGGGACACGGCGAGGUCAGCCCGUACGUCAAGAAUCCAGACUACCACGGCUUCUCCAGUGACCCCGUGGUGGAUGAGUGGAACAUGAGGGUGGGCUUCUUCUUUGGCAUAUCGGUGGCUCUCGUUAUUGGAGGGACCUUUAUCCACUAUUUACCAGACCACGGCAUGCGCCAGUGGGCCAGAAGGGAGGCGGAGCGUGUGAUCCUGCAGAGAGAGAAGGAAGGUCUCCCUCUCAUGAGCGAGAAUUAUUACGACCCAAACAAGAUCAUUCUGACCUCCGCGGGAGAGGAAUAGGAUGUCCGACACCCAGUCGCUCUAUUUCAUGAUUAAUGUAUUUGACUGACAGAAUAAAUGAUGUACUUGUUGAACUGA